CUUUCUGCUCGCUCGGCCGGUUUCAGCGUCGUCUUCCCCUGAUGACAGAGAUGUCCGGCUAUUGGCCGAGAAUGAGAGGGCACGUCAUCUCCAUCAAUCAGGGGGGACUGCAUGGUUCUCCUCUGAGGAAUGUCCUCGCUCCCUGCACGCCCCGUCCAGCCGCCUGACCGUGUGGCUCUGGAUGCAAGAGAGGCCGGGCAUGAACUGCACUCCCGUCCAAUGAUUAUGCAGGGGAAAUGUGAUAAUGACAUCCUAUCAGGAGGGGAACGCAGCCCUCGGCUCUUUGCAAAAGAGGUCACGGUGCUGGACCCGGGCGGCAGGUCUAAUCCUGAACUCGAGGUGGACGCAGCUCCUGGAUUUUAUUUGCCUCUGUGCGCCCCUUUGGACAGCAGUGCUCCCCCCCUACUUCUCCCACCACAAUGUGGGGCGCCAGAGAGCCUCCCUACACCGGCCUCCCCGCACUCCUCCCGCGUCACCUGGAGGUGCGUGGCAAAGGGGUCGAUCGCCGAGACGCAUCACUGCUACUUUGGGUCACUUGCAGAAGAACUUGGCUCCUCUUUUAACUCUGGAGCCGCGGUGGGAAGUUUGGACUGUAGUGGAGUUGCUAUGGACAACAGGAGCAAAACUUUUGAGUGGAUGAGGGUGAAAAGAAGUCAACAUCGAACAAGCAGGAUGCACAUGACCUGUAGUGGCUUCAGUGAGGGCCUCUGCGUGGAGGAGGUUGGCAGCCCGGCUGACCGCAAGGCCGUGAGCGGAGCCGCAAGGACCAGCUUCAGCACCAGGCAGCUGACCGAGCUGGAGAAGGAGUUUCACUUCAACAAGUAUCUGACGCGGGCCAGGCGGGUGGAGGUGGCCGGCACCUUGCGGCUCAGUGAAACGCAGGUGAAAGUUUGGUUCCAAAACAGACGCAUGAAGCAGAAGAAACAGCGGCGGGACGGGCUGAUCUCGGACGCCCGGCUUCCUCUGCAGGACGGGCCCGGCCAGGACAACUGCACCUGUCCCUGAACUUCUGAACCGUACCCGAGCGUUAGAGAGCGACGGCUCCAGCCAGCCAGCAGAUGUUUUGAUUCGUGUUUGCAUCGUUUGCAAUCAGGCGUCACCUUUAUUUGUUUACCACGAUGGAUGCUGCACUCACGAGAAGCGCGAUGGCAGGCUCCCUCCACGCAAGAACGGGUGAAAACGAUUUGUCAUUCGCCCCGGCUUUAGACUUGAAACUCUGAUUUGAAUAUUAAAAUGAAUGCCAUUCCAUUGCGCUCCAGUGUUCACAAUGUAAACGAAGAUACAAACUUCUUUAAUUGACCGUGGAAAUCCUUGGGAGGCUAUUUGAUUAUUUUGGACCAUUUACCAGGAGUUGAUUUUACUCGAGCAUGGCCUGUUUUAAUCUGCAGGAACCAGGUUUU